AUGCCGCAGAUCCUGGCCACCAUCAUCCUCAGCGCUUCGGUGUCCAACGUCAGCCUCUCCGUGCAGCUGGGAGACACCCCACCCUUCGCCCUGGGCUUCAACUCCAUCUCCAUGGAUUACCAGCACCUCCGUCCUCAGAGCGUCCACCAGCGGGCUGUGCUGGCCGUCGACCACUUCUGCUGGCGGGUGGGGGCGGACUCGCACAUCCAGCGGGCCCCCCACCCCCCGAACAUGCACGUCUGGGGAGAAGCUUUCAUCCUGGACUCCUUCAACCUGCAGGGCAGCUACAACCAGCCGCUGGGCACGUCCAGCACUCACGCGGACACCCUGUUCCUGGAUUGCACCCUGCGGGGGCUGCAGCUGGAGUCCUCAGACGCCUGCACCGACUGCCUCUCCCGGCUGCUGCUGCUCUUGCGGCCUCAGGACCCUGGGCCCCCGGAUCCCCUGGAGGAGCCGCCCCCCACUCUGGGGGAGGAAUUUGGGGUGCUUUGGAAGGUGGACCUCAAGGUGGAGGACGUCAACCUCUUUACGCUCUCCAGCUUGGCAGGGGCCACAGAGCUUCGGGUGGACACCCUGACCACGCUGGGCAGUGCCGAGAGCUGUACCAUCAGCAUCCAGGGGGUGGCGCUGUCCCUGGUGAAGAGCCUAGCGGAGAAGAUGCAGCCCUGUUGCAAAGCCCCCGCCAUCCCCAGCCCAGUGGCUGGCCUGGCCGCCCUCUGCCUCACCUACCGCAGCAGCAUCCGCUCCCUGGAGGUGCAAUGCGGAGAACACCUGACGCUGCUCUGGAGCCUGGCCACCCACAUGUACCUGUUUGAGCACCUGCUGGCCACUCGGCGCUGCUUCGAGACGCUGCAAAGCCUGCUGUCGCCCGCCAAGCCCACCUCUGCGACCCUUCCCCGGCAGGGCCCCGAAGGCCGCCUCCCUGCCCAGGACGGGGCCCCUUUCCCUGAGGGCCCGGCCCCCAGGAGGCUGCUGGGGCUGACCCUGGAGUUCAGCUCUCUGAAGGUGACCGCCUUCGUGUCGGAGAGCCGUUACUUGAGCCUGGCGGCCGAGCGGCUUUUACUCAAUCGGCACGGUGCGUCCCUCCACGCCUACUGCCCGGGGCUGGUGGCCGGCUUUGACGGCAACAGCAUCCUGGUCCUGAAGGAGGUGGAGCUGCAGGCCCUGCCGGAGCUGGAGGAGAUGAUCCUGCACCGAGGCCCCUUUCCCAACCUCUGCACUUUGCGCAACCGCGUCUGGGCCCUUUCCUGCGCCAGCGUGGCAGUGGAGUUCCCCUACCAGUACGACUUCUCGGCUACGUUGGACGAGGCGCUGGGCGUGCAGAAGUGGCUGAGGGGGCUCCACGGGAGGAAGGCCGCCGCCAGCGAGGCCCCACCCGGCCCCUUGCCCCCCGACCUGCUGCUCAAGGUCCAGCACUUCUCCUGGGUCUUCCUGGACGACGUCUUCGAGGUGAAGCUGCGCGACAACUACGAGCUGAUGAAGGACGAGAGCAAGGAGAGCGCCAAGCGGCUGCACCUGCUGGACGCCAAGGUGGCCGCCCUGCGCAAGCAGCACGGGGAGCUGCUCCCGGCCCGGAAGAUCGAGGAGCUGUACGCCUCCCUGGAGAAGAAGAACAUCGAGAUCUACCUGCAGCGCUCCCACCGGCUCUACGCCAACACGCCCAUGCGCAAGGCGCUCAUCACGUGGACCCUGUGCGGCCUGGAGCUGGCGGCGCUGGCGGAUGAGGCCUUCUCCGGGGCGGAGCGGGUGCUGCAGCAGAUCCGGGACAUGGAUGCCGCCAGCCCCUUCCCCCCUGAGGGCCUGGAGCUCCUCACCCACUGGUGCCGCAUGGUCAAGGGAAGCGUCAAGACUUUCUUCGUGCGGAUCCGGGACUACCCCCGUUAUUUAUUCGAGAUCCGGGACUGGAGGCUGUCGGGCCGGCUGGCCGGUGCAGAGACCCCUGGGCAGCCCUGCUCUCGCCGGCGUCAGAAACUGGAGCUGGGGGCCCCGUGGGGCCCUGUGACCGUGGAGAGGAACAUGCCGCCCUUGAAGUUCUACCACGACUUCUGCUCCGAGGUCUACCAGUUUACCAUCGUCUGGGGGCCCUGCUGGGACCCCGCCUGGACCCUCAUUGGACAGGCCAUCGACCUGCUGACCAAGCCUUCCGAAGACCCCAGCCCGCCUCUCCCCUGGUGGGACAAGAGCCGCCUGCUGCUGC